UUCGUUGAACGAUGCGGUUAGAAGACGCUUUCUCAAGAAUUAUUAGUUUUGUUUGAUAAUUACGCGCCUAUUUUGGUGAUAACAAUUUCAGUGUUAUAACAAUUGUGUUAGUGGAUUAUUUACAGUAAAAAACGUAAAAUGAGUCAAAUGGUGACGCGUCAACGGACGGGUGGGGAUGAAAAAGAAAAGCGACAAACAGACAGUCCAGUGAAAGAUAUGAAAAAGAAAAUGGCGGCCAACGCUGAAAAGGAAAAGAACGCCGCAGAACAAGCCACCAGCAAGCCUGCAGAAAAACCCUCAGAUAAAACCACAGAUAAACCUGCAGAAAAGCCCGCGGAUAAACCUAAGGUAGCUGAGAAGCCAGUGGAUAAAAAAGAUAAAGCACCUGAGAAGCCAAUUGAGAAGAAAGAUAAAGCACCUGAGAAGCCAGUUGAGAAGAAAGAUAAAGCACCAGAGAAACCAGUUGAGAAGAAAGAUAAACCUGCUGAGAAGAAGGAGGGACAGAGUGAAAAGAAGAAGGAAGAGAAUGGCAAAGGAGAGGGCAGUGGGAAGAUAGAGAAACCAGCAGCAAACGGCCGCCCAAAACAGAACGGCAGCACCACCACAAACGGAACGGUGAGUCCCGACUCGGACUCGAUAUCGGACGCUGAUGAAACGGAACAGUUCCCGGAACUGGCUUACGAUGAUUCCGAUGUGGACUGGGAGCCAGGCAUGGACUGUCCUAGCCGGAGCUUCACCAGGCGCGAACAGAGAAACCACCAGCAAACGUCCCUAACAGAACGGCAGCACGAACGGAACGGUGAGUCCCAGCUAGAUGAAACGGAACAGUUCUCGGAACUGGCUUACGAUGAUUCUGAUGUGGACUGGGAGCCAGGCAUGGACUGUCCUAGCCGGAGCUUCACCAGACUCCCGACUGUGGACGAAACGGAACAGUUCCCGGAACUGGCUUGCGUCGAUUCUGAUGUGGACUGGGAGCCAGGCAUGGACUGUCCUAGCCGGAGCUUCACCAGGCGCGAACAGGUAAAGGCGACGCGGACACCGGAGACGCCGCGACCGGCCUCAGACAAACAGGAUACAGAUGAAUCAAAGGAAUCGAAGGUCCUGAAACUCACAGAUUCAGGCAAAGACACGCCUAAAGACAAGAAAACAGACGCCAAAUCGGAAACUAAAUCGGACCCAAAAUCGGACGGAAAAUCUGCAAAAUCGGACGCUAAAAAAGCGGAGACGCCAAAGAAGGAUGAAACUAAAGCGGAUGCUAAGAAUGAUGUGAAAGAAUCAUCCAAGAAAGGGGGGAAGGAGGAUAAGUCUGAGAAAGUGGAAGUCGAGGUGGUUGUAGAGAUUGAGAAUAAUGGAGACGCGUCAGAAGAAUCCCGCAAACCAGACACGAACUUCUCAAAGUCGCGAGUUAAGGUGUCCCCUUACCGCCGGAGUAUGCGUCUCGCGGACCAGACCACCAGCUCCAUCGCUGCCAACUAUACUGGCAACAACACAACCAUGGAGAUGGACAUAACAGAGACGUCCUCAUUCAUGGACGAGACGAUGGACGACAGCUACUUGAGCGGUCUCCGCUCCAUAAAGGGCCGCCGCAGCUACAAGCUGCUCAAGGACAUGCCGAGGACCGCCAGCGCCAAUAGGAGUGUUCGCUCCGUCACUAGCAUCACAGACACGAUGGACGACAGCUACUUGAGCGGUCUCCGCUCCAUAAAGGGCCGCCGCAGCUACAAGCUGCUCAAGGACAUGCCGAGGACCGCCAGCGCCAAUAGGAGUGUUCGCUCCGUCACUAGCAUCACAGACACGAUGGACGACAGCUACUUGAGCGGUCUCCGCUCCAUAAAGGGCCGCCGCAGCUACAAGCUGCUCAAGGACAUGCCGAGGACCGCCAGCGCCAAUAGGAGUGUCCGCUCCGUCACUAGCAUCACAGACACGAUGGACGACAGCUACUUGAGCGGUCUCCGCUCCAUAAAGGGCCGCCGCAGCUACAAGCUGCUCAAGGACAUGCCGAGGACCGCCAGCGCCAAUAGGAGUGUCCGCUCCGUCACUAGCGUCACAGACACGAUGGACGACAGCUCCUUGAGCGGUCUCCGCUCCAUAAAGGGCCGCCGCAGCUACAAGCUGCUCAAGGACAUGCCGAGGACCGCCAGCGCCAAUAGGAGUGUCCGCUCCGUCACUAGCAUCAUAGUAUCCGAGACAUCGUCGCGCCCCACCGCGCCCGUGGUGGGGCGCAAGCGCAAGCCCGAGCCCGAAGACAACAUCUCCGUCGCCAGCGAGGCGCGAGAGGCCGACAGUCCCGUCGGGAAGAGGCAAAGACUGCUCGAGAGGCUGGCUCGGCCUUUCAAGAGAACCGUGCUUAUGCCUGCUAGGAGGAAUGCUGAGAUCGUGGGCAUCAACACAGACCUGCCUCUAACAGCUCCAGUAGCCUCCACCUCCAGCUUCGACCCCGAGACCCUCAAGACGGCUCCGGCCGACAUACAAGCCUCCCCCGCGGCUCCACCCGCGGUCGCCGCGCCUACUGCUGAAGACGCCAAACGGUGCGUCGUCAUGUAAACUGAAAAUAUUACGUGCGUUCCACGGAAUGGGAUUGGUAACUGUCAAAGGUUUGCAUAGAUGGCGCCAUCGUAGCUUGCCCCUUUCUAUUGAGAUUUGGCUUAAAGGGCUCAAAAAGGGCUAAAGCAUCCAGGGUAUUAAAAAAACCAAAAUUUGACACAUGGGUUUGACAGGACAAGCUAUGAUGGCGCCAUCUGCUAAAAACUUCCACCGGCCAACCCUAUUGUUCAACUUGUGUCCCGUACGAACAUUUUUAAUAGAGUUCCUCAUUCUCGGAGGAACUCUGAAAGAAAUCCAAAGGAAAGUGUUCAGAAAAUUUGCAAAAAAAAAGACUCGCACGGAACCGGGACCCGUAGCCAACAUGCCAAUCGCUAACACUCCGUAACAAUCGAAACGCAACUGUCACUGUCGCAUAGAAUACGAAAGAGUAAUAGAGACGCAAAUCACACAAAGCAUUUCGUUGUCGUAGCGAUAGCGAUUGUAACCUUGGCUAGGCCGGCAAGGUGACUCGCGAGCCAAGAAGCUCGGUGUGUGACGUCACGCCUUGCCCGUCUAUAAAGUAAUAAAAAAAAAGUGUUGGGAAAGGACAUAUUCGUGGAAUGUUCCAUUUAUGGAUCCAAGAACUAUUGGACUGAAACUGGACUUUAUAAAAUGGCGCUUAACCUCCUAAGACCCCGCGUACAAAAUUGUGUACAUAUUCCACAAUCUAUUGUGUAACUAAGGCCCACUUGCACCAUCCCACUAACCCGGGGUUAACCGGUUAAACCUGGAGUUACC